AUGUUCAACUUUGAAAAGAAAAUUUCUGCCUCAUUCCAGCCCUACCUUUACAUUUAUAUUAAUGCCGAGGAUGCAACAAUAUCAUCCAUGAUUGAUUCUUACAUUGAGUCUGACAUGAAGGCAGAUGCAGAGGACGAUGGUACCAUGGCAGUACUCCCUUCAAGCACAGAUCUAUUUUAUUUUUAUAGAGAAACACUUGUCCAAUGCUCCAAGUUUUCCACAGGAAAGGCCUUAUUUGAUCUUUGUCAGUUAUUUGCUAAACAUUUGGACUCAUAUUGUAACCAAAUUAUUUUGGGCGGUUUAGCAAGGUUUGCAAGUUUGGCUUUGAAUACCGCAGAUUACUGCUGUAUGACCACUUCUCAGUUAGAGGAAAAAUUAAGGGAAAAGGUUGAUGCCAAUUAUUCCGAUAAGGUUGAUUUAGAAGGUGUGAAAGAAGGCUUCAUGAGAGCCAUGUCUAUUUGCAUUGAUGCCAUUGUGAGGAGUUUAGAACAGGCUUUUGAGCCACAGUUGGCUCAGAUGACAAAACUUCCUUGGGGAUCUAUGGAUACUGUAGGUGAUCAGUCUGAUUAUGUAAGUCAAAUACUAGACAUUAUCAAACGCAAUGCUACCGUGGUCAGCAGAAUCAUUGCCAAUCGACGUUACUACCGUACUUUUAAUGACAGAUUUGCAGAAAUCUUUAUAUCUAAAUACUUGACCCAUAUUUUCAAAUGUAAACCUAUAUCAGAAAUUGGUGCAGAGCAAUUGUUACUUGAUACACAUUCUAUCAAGACUUUACUAAUGGAUAUGCCAUCCAUGGGAUCACCCGAUGGACCAACCACUAUUCCUAAUUCAUAUAGCCGCAUUGUCAACAAGGGAAUAUCCAAAGUAGAAGCUAUUCUAAAAACUGUUAUGUCACCCACAGAGCCUUCAGAAGGGUACGUAGAAAACUACCUGUUGCUCAUUGGCGAUAAGCAUGUAGGUAAUUUUACACGCUUACUAGAGCUCAAGGGUAUCAAGAAACCCGACCAAGGCGCCUUGUUAGACAUGUUCCAACGUCGCAUUUCCCAACAUGAUAACUUAGUUGACAAUUCGAAUUUACUGCCUGCUGAAUCCACAGUAGCUUCAGGUGCAAAUCCUACUGUGCUUCCGAGCUCCAUCACCACAUCCUUGUCAAGUAUGGCAUCAACUGCUGCUUCCAACUUCAAUACCGUCAAUUCGCCUUUCAGGCCCACGUCAUCACCCACACAGUCAUCACCGACUACAGAAGGUACGCGUGGCCGGUUGAAUGAGAAUUUUAGAAAGCUUGUCAUGACCGGUAUGGCUUUCCGCAAGGACUUACAGGAGCGAAGGGAUAACCAAUAG